AUGACCCCUUGUCCUGAUUACGAUGCUGUAGUAGUGGGAGCUGGCUUUGGUGGCAUCUACAUGUGCAAGAAGCUCGUGGACCAGGGCCUGUCUGUGAAGCUUAUUGAAGUUGCGCCGGAUGUUGGCGGCACUUGGUACUGGAAUCGUUAUCCGGGCGCCAUGUCGGAUACGCCUUCGAUGUUGUAUCGAUACUCUUGGGACCUCGAAGAUCUUCAGCAGUAUUCAUGGGAAAAGCAAUACCUCCAACAACAUGAGGUUUUGGCUUACCUACGGCAUGUGGUAGAUCGACAUGAACUCCGUCAAUAUAUGCAGUUCAACACUGAGAUGAAAGCUGCCAACUGGGAUCCAGAUCACUCAAAAUGGACUGUUGGUCUAUCUUCUGGUCAGGAUAUCACAUGUCGCUACCUAAUCACCGCUAUUGGGCUUCUUUCAAAGCAGAACUAUCCAGAGAUCCCUGGACUGGAUUCCUUCAAGGGCGAAAUGUAUCACACAGGGAGUUGGCCAGCGUCUUACGACUUCAAGAAUAAACGAGUCGGGGUUAUUGAGAACGGAUCGACCGGUAUUCAAGUCAUUACCGCAAUUGCAGAUGAAGUAAAGCUUCUGCGUUCAUUCCAGCGGCACCCGCAGUAUGUUGUUCCUGCAGUCAAUAGAGCGUUUCCUCCUGAAGAUCGACGCGAGAUUGACCGCCAAUGGAAUGAGAUCUGGAAGCAAGCAAAAGAGAGCAUGUUUGGUUUUGGGUUCGAGGAGAGUCAAACUCCUGCCUAUAGUGUCACAGCAGAAGAGCGUGAAAAAAUCUUCGAGAACGCCUGGCAACAGGGUGGCGGCUUCAACUUUAUGUUCGGAACCUUUUCCGACAUUUCUUAUGACGAAGCGGCAAACAAAGAAGCGGCCGACUUUAUCAAAAGAAAGAUCCGCCAAAUCGUCAAAGAUCCUAUCAAGGCCGAGAAGCUGAUUCCCACAGAGCACUAUGCUCGUCGUCCACUGUGUGAUACGGGUUAUUACGAGAAGUUCAACAGCCAUAAUGUGGAUAUCAUUGAUGUCAAUGAGACUCCCAUCAUCGAGAUCACGCCUAAGGGUGUUCGAAUAAGCGACGGGGCCGAGUAUGACCUCGAUGUUCUUGUGUUUGCCACAGGCUUUGAUGCCGUAGAUGGGAACUACAAGCGGAUUCCGAUCCAAGGUGUAUCAAACAAGACUCUCAAGGACUGUUGGGCUGAUGGACCAGACGCAUAUCUCGGUAUCUCUGUAUCGGACUUCCCAAAUCUCUUCAUGAUACUGGGUCCGAACGGUCCUUUUACAAAUUUGCCCCCGACCAUCGAGACCCAGGUUGAGUUUAUAUCUGACAUCAUCCAACACGCCAACGAAUCGGCGCGCCAAAAUGGCAAGAAUCCUACUAUUGAAGCAGAGCGAGAAGCGGUCCAUGAUUGGAGCAAGAUAUGUGACGAGCUGAGCUCAAAAAGCUUAUUUAGGAGGACAGAUUCUUGGAUCUUUGGUGCUACGUAG